AUGGCGAAACCGGGCGUAUCCAAGAAGAACAGACAACCCUCGCUCCACUCGAGAGCCGCAAGGCGGGCGACGGACGUCGACAUCGACACCGACAAGUCUCUCAAGGAAGUCAAGGCCCCGGCCGCCGCGACCGACUUUCGGCCGUCGGUUCUCAACGCCCAGCACAACUCUGGCGUGUCCAAGAAGACCAAGAACCGCAAGGCGCAGAUGAGCGCCAAGGCCAAGGAGAGGAAAGAAAGGGCGGCGGACCGUGCCGAGGCCAUCAUGGGGAGGACGUCGACCAAGACGGAGAAGAGCAAAGACAAGGCGCGGAGGGUCCAGACGCGGAGCAAGCAGUGGGAGGACAUUAACAAGGGGGCCAUUGCGGCCAAGAAGUUCCCCGACGAGGAGGAUCUCGAGGUGGAGCAGAGGCAGACGAAGAGCAGGACCGUCGAGGUGGCUGCUGGCAAGGACUGGGAGACGGACGAGGAGAUGGACGGCGCCGACGAUGAUGUCGCUGCGCCUGCGCCUGCGCCCGCUGCUGCUGCUGUGUCGGCGCCUCCCCCGGCAAACGACGAUUUCGACGAGGAGAUUUUGUAG